AUGAAAUCUUUAAGGAUUCUAAGUCUUGAAGAUCCUGCAAUGACAAAGCAGAUUGUUAACACAACAAAGUUGAAAACAUGGAGACGAAUUUACUUUCUAAUCUUUGUCGCGGGGGCUGUUGCUCUUCUCCUUUCUGGUGCUGCCAUGUCCAAGUUCUUCUCCUUGAAGUCAUUUCUUGGCAAUGAAUCUUUCUACUCCAGUUUCAACUCCGGGAACCAAAAUGAAGUGAUUGAAACUGUGCGAACCGUAAUUCAGAAAAUUCAAGAGGAGCUCGAAAAUCUGAGAACAACAGAGCUGGAUCCAACUACUUCAGCAUCUGUAUUCAAACAAGGAGCCUUUCUUGCUGAUGUACUAGGACUACUUGAGUCGGCAGUGGCUUCUCACGAUGAAGGGAAAAAUCAGCGAACCAGUAAUUUCGUUGUUCAUCCUCUGUUUAAAGAAAAGAAACGAUCCGAUGAUGAACCUGCAGAUUACUUUCUGCGAGAGGAGAUUCGCAAGUACGUCAAGAUCAAGCCUAACAGAUUAGGAAAACAGAAUUUCAUGGGGGCAAAUGCAACCUUCACCAGCAUAGGACAUGCUUGCUUUGCCAUGAAGGAAGAGCUAGAGGAGUACAUGGAUUAUGAUGUUGGCGAAAUCUGCAAUGAUGACUGGAAACUAGCUCAACGGCUUAUGGUUCAUGGCUGCGAUCCUCUGCCAAGGAGAAGAUGCUUCUCAAGAGCCCCUAAGCUGUACAGCCAACCGUUCCCCAUUAACGAGUCCAUGUGGAAACUCCCGGACGAUAGAAAUGUCAGAUGGAGUCAAUACAGAUGCAAGAACUUUAAAUGUCUCGCAAACACAACCACCACCAGUAAAGGAUUCUUCAAGUGUUCAGACUGCUUCAAUCUCACCCAUCAUGAGAUGCCGAGAUGGGUAAGAUUGGAUGGUGAUUCAAAUCAGACAUCCGAUUUCCUCAUAACCGAUGUUCUAGGAAUCAAGCCAGGAGAGAUCAGAAUAGGGUUGGAUUUCAGUGUCGGAACGGGUACUUUUGCAGCUAGGAUGAGGGAAUUCAAUGUGACUAUAGUUUCAGCAACUAUCAACUUUGGGGCACCCUUCAGUGAAAUGAUAGCUCUUAGAGGACUUGUUCCUCUAUACUUGACUAUAAAUCAAAGGCUUCCAUUUUUCGACAACACCAUAGAUUUGAUCCACACAACAAGGUUUCUAGAUGGUUGGAUUGAUUUUGUGCUCUUGGACUUUAUAUUGUAUGAUUGGGAUAGAGUUUUGAGGCCAGGGGGUUUGCUAUGGAUUGAUAGCUUUUUCUGCUUAAAGGAAGAUUUGUAUGAUUACUUGCAGGCAUUCGAAAUGCUGCGAUAUAAGAAGCAUAAAUGGGUGGUUGUUCCAAAGCUGGACAAGGACGAUCGGGAGAUGUUCUUUUCUGCCGUGUUAGAGAAGCCUCCAAGGCCAUUCCGGUGA